AUUAUUGCUCAGUUGACGAUAAGUGCGCAAUAAAGUGUGACUGCUAGAAAUUUUUCGGAGCAAAUAAACAUUUCUUUAAAAAUAGUAUGUGACUUACAUGUAAUAUGAGUUCAUGGGCAAAACGCUAAUCGAACAAUUGUUUCUACAUUUGUGAAUCUCAACGAAUAGUUCAAUAGUGAAAAAAUCGCAAAAUAAUGCGGCUGUCGUAUCUAUGGAUUUUCAAUUUGUUCAGUGGUUGUUUCAAUCUCAAUUUGCCAGGCUUGGGACUGGUUGAUUAUUGCAUAUCAGAGUCUGAAUUUUCAGUACCCUGCAAGUCUUACGUUGAUUUAUACGUCAAUCGACUGAACUCGGAAAAGACACUCAUUCCAUACGAGUAUCAUCAUUUCGACUUUUGUCCUACCGAUGAAUCGGACUCACCGAUUGAGAAUUUGGGUCAGAUUGUAUUUGGUGAUCGAAUUCGACCGGGUCCAUACGCAAUUGACUUUUUGAAGAAUGAAACGUGCAAACAGGCAUGUACACGACGAUAUCUUGGAGGCGAUUUAGAAAGCGAAAAACGGUUGACACCAUUGAUGCAAGGAAUUAGUCUCAACUACCAACAUAAUUGGAUUGUAGACAAUUUACCAGUUGCUUUCUGUUAUGAAUUUUACGCACUACGACGACCAUAUUGUAGUUAUACUGGUUUUCCAAUGGGAUACCAUCCGGAAAGUUCAGACGACAGUUAUCCGAUGAGUGCAAGGUAUAUGAAAUCCGGCUUCUAUUAUCCAUUCAAUCAUGUGGAUUUGAUCAUUACCUAUCAGAGCGGAACAUCAGAAGAAUGGGACACUGAAUUUGGUGCGAAUUUAGGUCGAAUUAUUUCAGUGAAAGUGCGACCGAGAUCCAUAAAUCAUCGUGAUCCAUACAACUUGGAUUGCAAUGUCAAUGCUGAACUAUUGGCCAUUCCGACGGAACCAUUGGAGCAGGGCAGAAAAUUGAAUAUCACUUACACAUAUUCCGUUACUUUCGUACGAGACAAUUCGGAUAAAUGGUCAUCACGCUGGGAUUACAUAGUGGACUCUUUGCCGUACACAAAAAUUCAAUGGUACAACAUUCUCUGUUCAUUGGUUGUUGUUCUAUUCCUCUCCGGAAUGGUUGCAUCGAUCAUGUUACGAACCAUGCACAAAGAUAUUGAACGUUACAAUCGACUGGACGUUCAACAAGAAAUAUUUGGAUGGGUUUCGCUUCAUGGCGACGUUUUUCGGCCACCGCGUUAUGGAAUGUUAUUGGCUGUGUUGUUGGGAUCAGGCAUUCAGGUGUUCGGCAUGGCAUUGGUUACAUUUGUGUUUGCCGGCUUAGGAUUGUUGUCGCCAGCGAAUCGUGGCAGUUUGAUGUCUUGUCUAAUUCUUUCAUUUGGUUUCCUUGGAACACCGGCUGGUUACAUAUCGGCGAGAAUUUACAAGAGUUUCGGUGGCGACCAGUGUAUGAUCAGUGUGUUGUUAACGUCGACGUUGUGCCCCGGAAUUGUCUUCAGUUUGACUUUAGCUAUGAAUGCGAUUUUGUGGAUUAAGACCAGCUCAGGAGCUAUUCCGAUCAGCACCCUUUUCUCAUUGUUGGGUCUUUGGCUCUGUGGUUCCGUGCCACUCACAUUACUUGGAGCAUUCUUCGGAUUUGGAAAGUCGGUCCUUGAGCUUCCAGUUCAAACAAAUGAAAUUCCGCGCCAAAUACCCAACAAAUCGAUUUGCAUGCAUCCGAUUUCCGGCAUUGUGAUGGGUGGCAUUUUGCCAUUCAUUUGCAUUUACAUUCAACUGUAUUUCGCAUUGAAUUCCAUCUGGGCCAGUCAAAUGUACGACAUCUUCGGUUUCCAAUUUUCGAUAUUUCUGAUCCUUGUCAUCACUUGCUCGGAAUCGACCAUUUUACUUUGCUAUUCGCAUUUGCGCGCAGAAGAUUAUCGCUGGUGGUGGCGUUCGUUUUUGUCAUCCGGUUUUACGGCCGUUUAUUUGUUCGGCUAUUGUUGUCACUAUUUUGUCACAAAGUUGGACGUACAGGAUGUGGCGUCGACAAUUUUGUAUUUCGGUUACACGUUGAUCGUGGUGUUUUUGUUCUUUCUCAUGACUGGAACCAUCGGUUUUCUGGCUUGUUUGUGGUUUAUACGAAAAGUUUACAGUCACAUCGAAGUUGGAGAAAAACAAAAAAUCUCAGCAAUUUACAAAUCAUGAAUGGACCUCGCGGUGUCAGAGUUUUUAAUGUUCAUUAUGUAGCUUUUAAGAAUCAUCCGAAUAUAAUAAAAAAAAAUCAAGAAGCAAAACCUUCCGACCCUGAU